GCACUGACCCUCUAACAGUGCGGCGCUCCCUCAGCACUGACCCUCCGACAGUGCGGCGCUCCCUCUGCAGUGACAGGACCCACUGACGGUGAAGUGCCCCCUCACUACUGACCCUCUGAAUGACACCAUAAGCUACAGGGUGCUGUGGCACAAUGGGAUAGUGUCCCUACCUCUGGACAGGUCCCACCUCAGGCUGUGUUGGCCAAGAGCCAUAAUGUCCAAACUGUCUGCUGAAAAUAAAUAUAAAUGUUGCAGCUCGAUCAACAGGGUCUCUGGGAUGUGGUUGGCUGACAAGACAAACACAAAUAGGAGCUGGCAGGUGUGGGCCAUUCAGCCCCUUCUACCUGCUGUCCCAUCCAACUUGAUUGCAGAGUAUAGAUUCCAUUUAACUAUGUAAGGGGCAGUGAAUGUGAAAGGAAUUAGGAACCUUGCCAAUCGCAGCGUUUCUUUCUCUACCUUCCUACGCAGUCAUAUGUAAACCCAUCCGCAAUGAUAUAAUGUGCAGUAAAUCAGAAACAGGGUAAUCUAACCAUUUAACCCCGUGUGUCAGUCCGUUACAGAACGUGCUAUUCAUCUGUAAGAUGGUAACAUAAUAAUUUAAUAUUUUGAGUAUUUAUUCUCUGUGACAGCUGUGAGUAUUUUAAAGGCGAGGAUUUCAUUGAUGGAUGCUUCAGCCAUCAGAUGGAUUAUGGUAAACUGAGCAGCUUGAGUAAACCUUGUGAAACAGUAGUGAAGGAUGACUAUGCCCUGCUCACCCGUCACAUUGAGGAAAUCACAACAACCAGAGUGAACGGUAAGAAUGGAGCUCCAGUCAGGGACAACGACUCAACCAAUGAACCCAGGUAUCAGCACGACUACAAAACAUACAGGAUUCAACUCUUCAAUGCCAUCUUUGAAGGAGAUCUGGACACUAUAGAUGCCUUACUUGGAAAGAUCAGGGAAUCUAAUGGCUGUCUCUCUCAUAAGAAGUUAAAAGAUCCAAACACCGGUCAGACCUGCCUGAUGAAAGCUUUGCUAAAAAUAACAAACAAAACAGAGGAUAUAGCCCAGGACCACAGGACUGUGGAGAUUGUCAAGAAGCUAAUCUCCUUCUCGAAGAAGACUGGAGACCUGAAAGCUUUUAUUAAUGCAGCCUACACUGACAAGAUUUACAGAGGACAGACAAGCCUUCACAUUGCUGUGGAGCGCAGAAGGUGUGACCUGGUCAAACUCUUGGUCAGAAAUGGUGCUGCUGUGGAUGUCAUGGCUAAAGGAAGUUUCUUUCGCAACAAGAAACACAAAAAGUGUUCGUUCUAUUUUGGGGGCUUCCCCCUCAGCCUGGCCGCCUGUACCAACCAGCUGGACAUUGUCACCUUCUUGAUCGAGCACGGUGCCGAGCCCCGGGCACAGGACCGGGCUGGGAACACGGUAUUGCACGCCCUGGUGUCCAUCGCCUAUGACACGGAGUCUCGGAGCUUUGUGACGGAGAUGUACGACUUUAUCUUGAUGAGGAGCACGGACAUAGCGCCCAGUGAGAACCUGGAGAAGAUCACCAACCACCAGGGCCUGACUCCCCUGCUCCUGGCUGCUCACACUGGCAAGAUCGGGAUAUUUAAACAUAUCCUGGGAAGGGAAAUAAAACAGAAGAAGUACAAGCACCUUUCUAGAAAGUUCACUGAGUGGGAAUAUGGACCAGUUUCUUGUUCCUUAUAUGAUCUGUCUGGAGUCGAUACAAUUGAAGAGAACUCUGUGCUUGAGACGGUGGUGUACAGCAGCAGGAACAGGAAUCGUCACAAGAUGCUGAGCGUGGAACCGAUGAAUGAACUGCUCGAGAAGAAGUGGGAGGAUUUUGGGGCAUACCUGUUCCUUGGCAGCUUUGUGAUCUAUCUGACAUACAUCAUCACACUGACCAUCGUAGCCUCUAACAGACUGGAGAGAAACAAUUCCCUAGACCACGAGCAAUGCUCCCAUCACAUUGGAUUCUUGAUCCCAAUCCCUGCGUUGAGUUAUCUACCCAAUCUCUUUCAGGCACAGAAUUACAUUUUAUUGAUGGCUGUGUAUCUCUCUUUUAAAGAGGGAGCACAAAUGGUGUAUCUGAGGCGUUCCAAUCGGCACUCUAUCCUGGUGGAUGGAUUCUUUCACAGCCUGUAUUUCCUCCAGGCCAUUCUCGUGAUCAUCUUCAACUCCUUGUGCUGGGCGGAAGUGGAAGGUUCCAGAAUACUGCUCGUAUUAGCUCUGGCCUUGGGCUGGUUCAAUGUCUUGUAUUACACACGAGGUUUUAAACUGACUGGCAUUUACUGCGUAAUGAUUAAAAAGAUUAUUCUGCAGGAUAUCCUUCGAUUCCUCCUGGUCUACGCAGUUUUCAUUGUGGGAUUUGCAGCAGCUCUUGCCUCCCUGAUUGAGGAAUGCCCCACAGACAGUGACUGCCCAUACAAUGGAUUCAGUUCCGCCAUCCUGGAGCUCUUCAAGCUCACCAUUGGCCUGGGAGACCUGGGGAUCCAGAAACACUCCAGGUUCCCCAUCCUUUUCCACAUGCUCCUGGUACUGUAUGUCAUCCUGACUUUUGUCCUCCUCCUGAAUAUGCUGAUUGCUUUGAUGGGAGAGACCGUGAUGAAGAUUUCCAGUGAGAGUGAGAAGAUCUGGAAGCUGCAGAGGGCUGAGACCACUCUACACUUUGAGAGAACUUUACCAAAAUGGCUCCGGACCAGAUGCAAGAAUGGCCACAGUUUUACAGAGGUGUCUGUCGGACUCACACCUGAAGGGACGGAGGACAAACGGUGGUGUCUCAGGUUAAAUGAGGUCAACUGGAAUGAAUGGGACACUCGCAUUGGCACAGUGCCUGAAUCAACUGAAGAACAGUGAUACACUCACGGCCGUGAGUGACAGAACAAAACUAAACGACAUGCAUUUCUAUCAUGGCUUUCACAACUGCAGGGCAUGUCAAAGUGUUUUACAGACAACACAGUACUUCUGAAGUGUUGUCUACCCAUAGUGUGAACCAGAUAGUAAUCACCUUUUUGUUCAUGUUUGUUAAGGAAUAAAUAGUAACCAGGAGACCCACUUCCCUGCAAACUGCCUGCUCUUCUCUGAAGUAGGAUAAUGGCAUCUUUUAUAUUCACUAGAGAGGGCAAAUUAAUUUGUGACCCUCUGACAGUGCCGUGCUCCCUCAGUACUGACCCUCUGACAGUGCUGUGCUCCCUCAGUACUGACCAUCCAACAGUGCUGUGCUCCCUCAGUACUGACCAUCCAACAGUGCUGUGCUCCCUCAGUACUGACCCUCCGACAGUGCCGUGCUCCCUCAGUACUGACCCUCCGACAGUGCGGCGCUCCCUCGGCACUGACCCUCCGACAGUGCGGCACUCCCUCAGCACUGACCCUCCGACAGUGCAGCGCUCCCUCAGCACUGACCCUCCGACAGUGCAGCGCUCCCUCAGCACUGACCCUCCGACAGUGCAACACUCCCUCAGCACUGACCCUCCGGCAGUGCGGCGCUCCCUCAGCACUGAUCCUCCGACAGUGCGGCGAUCCCUCAGUACAAAGUCUGUCCACCAUCUACAAGGCACAAGUCAGGAGUGUGAUGGAAUACUCCCCACUUGCCUGCAUGGGCACAGCUCCAACAAAACUCUAGAAGCUGGACACCAUCCAGGACAACGUAAAUAGUUUGAUCAGCACCAAUCCACCUUCAACAUUCACUGCCUCCACCACUGACACUCAGUAGCAGCAGAGUGUACCAUCUACACCAGAGCGCCUUAGAUAGCACCUUCCAUCUGGAAGGACAAGGGUAGAAGACACAUGGGAACACCACCACCUGCAAGUUCCCCUCCAAGCCACUCACCAUCCGGACUUGGAAAUAUAUCGCCGUUCCUUCACUGUCGCUGGGUCCAAAUCCUGGAAUUCCCUCCCUAAUAACAUUGUGGGUCAACCUACAGCAGGAGGACUACAGCGGUUCAAGAAGGCAGCUCAUCCCCACCUUCUCAAGGAGCAACUAGGGACGGGCAAUAAAUGCUGGGCCCAGCCAGCAACACUGAUACCCUGCAAAUAAAUAUUUAUAAAGACUGAAAGUUUGGAAGCAGUUGAUUUGCUAUCUCCUGUUACUGUUUCAUCUCUUGGAUUUUUUCCACCUGAUGCAGUUUUUUGUAAUUUACCAGAAUCUAAUUGUGAAUUGGAAUAUUUAUUUGAUCUGCUGUGAAUCCUCUCUGUAAACUGAAGUGUUUGACAUUACAAGAUCUUUUUGGGAGUUCUCUCCCACUGCUUAAGUCUGUUAUUAAAUUGGGAGAUCUA